AUGUCGACGCCGCCUUCCUCCCGACGGCAUGUGGGAGCGGUAGGGAGCGGAAGGGGCCGUUACUCCGCUGCGACGGCGAUGGCGGCAGCGUCGGCAGCGGUGGCACCCCCGUCUAACCGUCCCGUCGCGCGUGCCCCGUUCGACACCGUCGCGUCGUCGUCAUCGCCGGCCUACGGUGACCCCGGGGGCGGCCAGUGCGGCGGCCGUAGCAGCACCGCCAGCUUCAGCAGCUACCACCACUGCAGAAGGAGGUCCUCCGGUUCAUCUCCAGGAGGACCGGAACCGACUAGUCCCUGGGCACCCACGUCGUGGGCGCCGAUGGUUCAGCAGUUGGACGCGGCCAGCGCGCAGCACCAGCGAGAGGGUGGUGGUGGCUUCGGAGGCGAGGGGAGGGAGGAGAAGAGGCACCCCGUAGCGGUGGGGCUGUUCGCUCACCAGUGGCCGUUUCAACGGGAUGGUAGCGGAGGCUCCGGAUGGCGUUAAUUCGGGGGGGGGAGGGGAGUAAAGACUAAGUCCUCCUGUUGAAAUUUGUCGUCUUGACUGGACCACAAAGACCGUCCGUGCGUUGGUUGUUUCUGUAAAGGCGCCCCUUCGCGUUCAUCUGGGGAGCGUGAACGCGAGCAGCACGUGUGUAGAUCUGUCUGUCUGCAGCAUCUGCUCCAGGAAAAGGCGCGUCGACUGUCCGCAACGGCCUCGCGUGAGUGGUGGUGAUGGUCGUGUCCUCCAUGUUCCCUUCCUGUUCUUGGGCGGGGGGAACGGUGACGUUUAGGUUUUUCGUUGGCCUGUGUGGGUGGUGAAAAUUGUUCUGCUGUGUCGACGGGGAUUGAUUGCUCGUGGUAGAUCGAUCAGCGAGAUCCGGGCCAGUGGGAGGUGCUGCUGUUGUUAUAAGUGUGUGUGUGUUCUUUUUUUGUUGUCUUUCUCUUCUAGUCAUCUGCAUUUCAUCUUUAUUUUUCGCUGCCGUUGUCGAAGUCACGCAUGCGUGCACCAUGCGUGUACAGUCGGCACGUCGGCGUGACUGCACGCACGUCUAUUUCGGCUUUCGUUUCUUCUUUGGUGCAAUGCGGUUGACGUGUCCACCGCGGGAAGCCCUCCUGUUGCCAACGAAGCACCGCAGUGUACUGUAGUAUUGGGAGUUUUAUGUCCAUUCAUUCGGGAACAUAUCAACAUAAGUCAUGUCAUGUGCGUGUAUCAGAAAAGGGCGUGUGGUGCCGAGGGGGGAAACACGCGAACAACACGAGAGAGGGUCUGAGCUGUUGGUUUUGGGCGCCGCGCUCCGUCGAAAUUAAAGCUGGCGUUGUUUCUUUGUGUGUGCGUGUCUCAGUCCUGGCGAACCUGCCGUAUUCGUGCUCCUGACCUUGUCAGGUAUCCAGGCAGUCAGACGACGAUUUUUUUUUGUGUUGGUCGGUGUCGGUCGCUGUACAUGAAUUUUCUUUUACACUGAGCACAGCCUAGAAAUAAAUGUGGCUUGAAGAAUUGCAGUGGCAGUGUUGGUGUUGGUGUUAUGAGGCCGCGAUCAUUAGUCUAGGUGUAAAUUUUUCGGGGACCGCAUUCAAUAGAUUACACACGUAUAGCUAAUG